CUUUAUUAUGUGUGACUGCAAGUACAGGCAACCUAACAAAUGACAAGGAGAGCUCUUUCCUACAUCAAAUGCUUCUUUUAUAAGAAUAUUAAAAGUAAUGUACUUUUAAUAUUUAACUAAUAUUGAUUCUUUUUUGUGCAUACUAGAUUACAAUAUGCCGCGAGGAAGACGUUUCAGAAAUAUUGAGUUUCAGCACACAUCCGUGGGAUCUACUUCUGAUCGUUCCCAGCAGCCCGAUGAGCCCCAUACUCAGUCCGGGUCCCAGUCGGAGCACGCUCCACCUGCAGAUCGUCCAGACACGGAUGACGUGGACGUCCUGGAUGGACUGGGGAGAGUGAGGAGAACACGAGGGCCCACUCGAGCACGGGACGUAUGGAGCCUACCUGAGGAUGAGAAGAUUGUCGUCCAUUGCAACGAACUGGGGCAGCCCAUCAAUAAUGCUGCAAGCAUUUUAUCAACUUUUUUAGGAUCGGUUGCGCGGAAGGGACAAUUGUGUCCACUCAACUAUACGAAAUGGAACGAAAUGCUUCCUUCGUAUAAGGUUGAGCUUCUUAGAGUUGUUGAGACAAAGUUUGUCCUGCCUGCAAAUAGCCAUGAUUGGGUGCUGAAGUCCGUCAACCGCAAAUGGAAAGAAUAUAAGGCGAAGCUAAAGGCGGAUUGGAAGCACGAGGGCAUGACUGAAGAGGAGGUGGCCCGUGUUUGUCCUCCAGAUGUAAUCUCUCAUCAGUGGAGGGAGCUUGUCCACUACUGAUUUUCCGAGAGAGCUCAGGUUGUGUAUAUUUUUUCAAUACCUUAGAUUGUAUUUACUAUUAAUAUAGAUUAAAAAUUAAUACAUUUUAUGCAUUACAUUGUUUAUUGUUUUUCGGGGAAGACAUAUUCCAAUAUUGGUAGAGCUGCUCGAGCAUCACA